AACAGGCCGGAAGUGGAACCGCGGCUCAGACAGCCAACAGCAGAGGCGGUUCGGAACCGGCCCGGUCCAGCAUGAAGAUCUAUUUCUGCGGCAGCAUCCGGGGCGGCAGGUCGGACCAGCUGCUCUACCGGAGGAUCGUGAACGCGCUGAGCAGAUACGGGAGCGUGCUCACUGAACACGUGGCUUGCGCCGAGCUCGGCGACUCAGGAGAGAGAGGUCCAGCAGGGGGCGACAGAGCCAUCCAUGACCGAGACCUGGCCUGGCUGCGCAGUCUGACGGUAAGACCGGAUCUGGUGGUUGCCGAGGUGACGCGGCCGUCCCUGGGCGUCGGCUACGAGUUGGGCCGGGCCUUGGACAUGGAGGACAAGAAGGUGCUGUGUUUGUUCCGGCCGUCGUCAGGACGAGCGCUGUCGGCCAUGAUCCGAGGGGCGGCGGAUGGGCGGCGCUUCCUGGUGGUGGACUACAGCGAGGAACAGCUGGAGGGGGUUCUGGACCGGUUCUUCAGUCCAGACUCAACGCCAAGCAGCAGGUCACUGAGACCAAUUAGUCACCAUGGUGUCGUCCACAGGGGAAGGCGGGUUUGUUUGAACUUAUAAUAAUAGUAAUAAAAACCACU